AUGGUCGUUACAGGCUUCAUCCACCAUACCCCAUCACUCAACAAGCUCAUUGCCCAUGUCCUCUCGAUGGGCUCGCUCGGAGUCGCCUAUGCUUAUUCGGUUUUUACUCACACUCGAGAGUUGGAUAUACUUACUUGGAAUACCAUGUUGAGAGGCUUUGUGAAUUCCGACAUGCCGAGAAGGGCGCUCCGAAGUUACAUUGAGAUGCUUCAAUGGUCAAGGAUUGUUCCUGAUAGAUUCACAUUUCCUUCUCUGCUAAAGGGUUGCGCCCUUUCAUUGGAGUUCAAAGUUGGGAAGGUUCUACAUGGCCAGAUCGUCAAGUAUAGGCUUGAUUCAGACCUGUACAUAGAAACCACAUUGUUAAAUAUGUAUGCCUCCUGUGGGGAUUUGAACUCUGCGAGGUUCUUGUUUGAGAAAAUGGGUCAUAGAAACAAAGUGGUGUGGACUUCGAUGAUUAGUGGCUAUACGAGAAACCAUUGUCCUAAUGAGGCUUUGGUUAUGUAUGAGAAAAUGGUGGAAGAUGGGUUUAGCCCUGAUGAAGUUACAAUGGUGACGCUCGUAUCGGCUUCGGCUGAGUUGAAAGAUUUGGGUGUUGGAAUGAAGCUGCAUUCUCGAAUUCAGGAGAUGGGUAUGAAGAUUUGUGCUGUUCUAGGAAGUGCUUUGGUUGAUAUGUAUGCUAAAUGUGGGGAUCUAAAAACUGCAAGGCAAGUGUUUGAUAAUAUGUCUGAGAGAAAUGUAUAUACCUUCUCGGCUUUGAUUUUUGGUUAUGUCAAGAACAAUAGAAGCACAGAGGCGUUGCAGUUAUUCAAGGAAAUGACUGGUGCCUCGAAUGUGCGUCCAAAUGACGUCACGACUCUAGCCGUUGUAUCGGCAUGUGCUCAAUUGGGUGACUUAGAAACAGGAAGAUGGAUUCAUGACUAUAUUACCAGGACCGAACAGGAUUGUUCGGUUAGUUUGAGUAACGCGUUGAUCGACAUGUACUCAAAGUGUGGAGAAAUAGAUGCUGCCAAGAGAAUCUUUGAUAGCAUGUCGAAAAGAGAUUUGAUCUCUUGGAAUUCUUUGGUGAACGGUCUCGCUCUACACGGCCUCGGCAGGGAGGCUCUCACUCGGUUGCGCCUAAUGCAGAUGACAGACUUGCAGCCAGAUGAAAUAACUUUCAUUGGGGUACUGACUGCCUGCAGCCACGCAGGAUUAGUUCAAGAGGGCAAGAAGCUAUUCCAUGAAAUGGAAGCAUUAUAUGGAAUAAGACCAAAGUUGGAGCAUUACGGGUGCAUGGUAGAUCUUUUAUGCAGAGCGGGACGUCUGGUCGAAGCUCGGGAAUUUAUCCAAGCAAUGCCUUUACAGCCAAAUGGUGCAAUAUGGGGCGCUAUGCUCGGUGCUUGCAGAGUAUACAACGAUCUUGAGCUCGGCGAGGAAUCUGUGAGAUGCCUGCUAGAACUGGAACCAACAAAUGAUGGAGUUUACAUUUUGCUAUCAAACAUUUAUGCAAAAAGGCAAAUGUGGAAUGAAGUGAAAAAAGUUCGAGAAUUGAUGAACGAGAAAGGAAUUCAGAAAACACCUGGUUACAGUUCGGUUGUCAUCGAUAACAUCACCCAUUCGUUUCUGGCUGGAGAUUGUUCUCACCCGGAAAUAACUGAAAUAUUUAAAAUGCUUAGACAAGUUAGAGAGAAGCUUAAACAAGCAGGCUAUGUUGCAGAUAUCUCAGAAGUAUUACUCAACAUUGAUGAUAAUAAGAAGGAAGAAUCAGUUUCUCAACAUAGUGAAAAACUAGCUUUAUGCUAUGGCUUAUUGAAAUCUAAGCCAGGGAGGAAAAUUGUUAUCCUGAAAAACCUUAGGGUCUGCUCAGACUGUCAUACUAUGAUAAAACUCGUCUCGAAGAUUUACCGAAGGCAGAUAAUGGUACGAGAUCGAAUCCGUUUCCACCACUUCAAAGACGGCGUCUGUUCUUGCCGAGAUUAUUGGUGA